AUGAAGGAAGAAAUGAAUAAAUCUUGUAUUAUAGCUGACGGAGAAUGUAAAAAUGAAAAUGCUACGAACAAUAUCGGGAAUACUGUGUAUUUUCAAAAUGAAAAUAAUAUCUGCUCAGCUCCCUAUGAAAGUAUGGAGUAUGAAAGCGGGGUAGCUGGAGGUUUUUCAGACUUGGAACCAAUGUCGGAUUGUUAUAAUGCAUCUGCAAGUGAACUAUCAACAGAAGAUGAUACUAAUUCAACAAGAUCCAAAUUUUAUCAAAUGUUGGUAGACGCAGCGAUUUGUGAUAUUGAAACAGCUAAUAACACUGAUGAUGAUCAUCAUUACGAAUCGAUCCGUCUGAAUAGCGAUCCAAUAUACGAAGAAAUUGGAGAUAUGCCACCGCCCCUACCAGUAAAUCCGCCGCCAAAUUCACUUAUAAUUACUGAUGAGGAAAAAAGGACCGGUUCCCGUUCAAUAUUUGAAGGUGCAUCCAAAUAUGAUAUCUUAUCAUAUUUGGUUGAUGCUAAAGAAAGAGGUAUUGAUGAUGAAGAAACAUAUAUAACUAAUUAUGGUAAUACGCCAGAACAUCAAUCGUUAUCAGAGAAAAGAGAUGGUAAUAGAAAAAACGAUACAAAACCCAAUGGAGUUGAAAGGAAUACCAGUCAAGUAUCGAAUGCAUCUGAUUCAAGUGAAGAUAAUUCAUUAAUUAUUACAAACGAUAAUGCAGAAAAAGCUUUACUUUGUAAAAAGUCAUCGACGGAAAUUGAAAGAAACGAUUCAGGUGUAGGCUCAGAGACAAGUAAAUCAUCAAGGAGCAGACUUCAAGGAAAAAUUUCUCCCCGGAAUUCAAUAAGUGAUAAAGAUACUCCAAUACACUUAUGUGAAGACUGUGAUACUGCAGUUGACACGCAAGUUACAGAGCAAGGUUCAAUAUACGCACCCCUGGUUUGCCGGAAAUGUGCCAAAAAGAGAGCAGAGAGAAAGGAAAUUAUAACAGAAAUAGUUGAAACUGAGGAGAAAUACGGACGAGAUCUUCAAAUCAUUCUAGAGGAGUUCUACAAACCUAUGCUAGUGGCAGGCUUACUUAACCAAGAACAAUUAAGCGCUAUUUUCUUAAACGUGGAGGAACUUAUUGAUAACAAUCAGGUUUUGUCGGAAAAAUUAAGAGAUGGUCUAGAAAUUGCCGUGGAACAAGGAGAUGAGGAUUUACUGACCGUGAAUGUUGGAAAAAUUCUCCUAGAAUGUUCCGGAAUGUUAACAGCAUUCCAAUCAUAUUGUGUAAAGCAAGCCGGUGCCGCCUUGCUUUUGGCUGGUCUGGAGAAGGAGAAAGAACUUCUGAGGAUAUUCUUACGCGUUUCACAAAUGGAAAAUACGGUUUUGAGGCGUAUGAAUCUUAAUUCCUUCCUCAUGGUACCCGUUCAACGCGUGACAAAAUAUCCGCUCCUUCUCUCUCGUUUAUAUCGUGCAACUGCCUCUUGUGCCUGCGAAAGAGAUGACGUCAAGAAUGCGCAGCGCUGCGUUGAGUGUAGACUUGAAGAAAUCAACGCAGCGGCGGCAGCGGCCGCGGCUGCUGCAAGAGACGUUCCCCUCUGGAGAAGGCUCGCGGCCGCUCGAAGAACAGCACAUGACCUACACGUAGCUGACAUAAGACUGAGGAAGAUGGCGGUUGACGUGCUUGACUGGAAUCAUGAUGAUGCCAGAUUCGCUAUGGAGGGCAAGCUGCUGUUCACUCAACCGAACGACAACAACUGGCGUAAAGGACGCACUAUCAAAUUGAUGCCGAUAAAUGCUCUUUUGGUAACUAAUGGAAAGCCAACGAACUCGCACAAAACGAACGAAAUACGUGAGACAAGAGAAGCAAGAGAUCGGGAGGCUCGCGAGAAAGAAGGGGAGGCUUUAUUCGCUAGAAGCGGUGUUAGAGAAGCAGCCCUACUCCUUGUUAGGGAAAAGGCUGGAAGAUACACUUUACAGCGGGAGCCACUCUUCCUCGACCGCUGCGUGGUGGCUGCCGAUCACGAGCCUGAACACUUCUUCGAAGUUCACGAGAUAACUACUAAGGAUUCUUAUAUUUUUAAGGCGGAUGAAAGUACACGCACUCGCACUUGGUACCGUCAGUUGCAGUAUCACGCACAAGGCGCAGGCGCAUGGAGGAAACGUCGCAACGCCCUUGCCAAUAUUAUGAUUAACCCUAUGUUGACUAGAAAUUAA